AUGGCCACGGCUAUUGUGAGAACCGGCCUUCGAUCAGCUCUUCGCGGCGGCGCAUCCUCUCCACGCGCUUCCACAUUUUUGAAACGAUCCUUCGCUUCUUCUGCUCAUCAGGAUGAAGCUGCCGAAGCUUCAAAAUGGCAGAAGAUAACUUUCGCUGGAAUGGCGACGUGCGCCGUUUUCUCUUUCGUUGUCCUGUCCAAAGGCCAUCCGCAUCACGAAACACCUCCGUCAUACCACUAUUUGCACAUUCGCAACAAGGAAUUCCCAUGGGGUCCAGAUGGUCUUUUUGAGAGUAAGAAUCAUUGAUAUGAUUCUCAAUGUUUCAAUCAUAAGUGAAUAAUCGGUUGCGCCACAACCAGCCUGCCUUCCAAGGGAGUCCAGACAGGUCUAAUGAAAGUUUUCAU